AAGCUUUUGCUUCUUUGUUGUUUUCAUUGAUUCAUCAAAUGUUACAUCCCACAAUUUUCAUCAUUUUUACCCUGGAGUUAAAUGCUACGGUACUGAGACCUCAUAAACCAUUUAUUGUGUGAAGAAGAUAUAGUUUGAAUACCAUGGGAGCAAAAUUUUCAAGUCCUAUUAAUAGUCUCCAUAACUUGGAAAACCAAGUUCAAGCUCUCUUUACGAAAUCAAUAAGUUUCAAAGAUGUGAAUGUGAAGACAGUGAUGCAAUCAUUCAGUUUCAACAGGCUUGUUUCAAAUCCAAAAGGAUUAGAACCAAAUGGUUGUGGGACUGGGAGCAUGCAACUUGAAGAACCUUCAAGCUUUGACAAAAAGGAAAUACUCUCACAUAUUAAGGAAAAUAAUACAGUGUUUGUUAAACCAGAAAGCUGUAACAAUAUCUCACAAAGAUCAAACACUGAAGAAAAGUCCGGUCCCGGCUUUGCCGAGCACGGUGGCCGACGAUAUCAAGCUGCAUUGAAGUUACAAAAGGUGUACAAGAGUUUUCGAACAAGGAGACAGUUAGCUGAUUGUGCGGUUGUUGCUGAGCAAAGAUGGUGGAAAUUGUUGGACUUUGCUGAACUUAAACGAAGCUCGAUAUCGUUCUUUGAGAUAGAAAAACCGGAGACGGCGGUUUCACGAUGGUCUAGAGCAAGAACCAGAGCUGCCAAAGUAGGAAAAGGAUUGUCUCAAGAUGAAAAAGCUCGAAAGCUUGCUUUGCAGCAUUGGCUUGAGGCGAUUGAUCCUAGGCAUCGUUAUGGACAUAAUCUCCAAUUUUAUUAUGCCCAAUGGCUUCACUGUGACAGUAGACAACCUUUUUUCUAUUGGCUUGAUAUUGGAGAUGGGAGAGAAGUGAAUCUUGAAAAAUGCCCUCGAUCAAAGCUUCAACAGCAAUGCAUCAAAUAUCUGGGUCCUGCCGAAAGGGAUGCAUUUGAAGUAGAGAUAAGGGAUGGGAAGUUUUAUUACAAGCAGAGUGGGGAAGUUCUUGAUACCACAGGAGGACCAACUGAUGCCAAGUGGAUUUUUGUUCUUAGUGCUUUUAAGACUUUGUAUGUUGGAAUGAAGAACAAAGGAACUUUUCAGCAUUCCAGUUUUCUCGCCGGCGGAGCCACGUUGGCGGCCGGUAGAUUGGUAGUGGAAGAUGGUGUUUUGAAGGCGAUUUGGCCUCAUAGCGGACACUAUCUCCCAACUGAAGAGAAUUUCCAGGAGUUUGUUUCAUUUCUUCACGAACAUGAAGUUGAUCUCACAAACGUAGAGCAAAGCACUUCUGAAGAUGAAGCCAUUAGCUGGAAGAACAGUAGUAUCCUUGAAAGCAAUGAACCAAAAGAUGAAGGCUUGCAGCCAAUGGAGACAACUAAUAACAAUGAAAACUCAAUUCAAGGGAACACUGAUUCAAAUGACCAAGAUUCUAAGGCUGUCCAAAAUGCCAAUAAAUCCACAUCAAGAUCAUCAGUAUGGUCAAAAAUAAGUAAACUCAAAAUACCAGCAAAAGACGAUGUGUUCGAUAUCUUUAAGAACGAAACGUUGCCACUGAGUUGCCGCAAUGAGCGUCCAAAACCCACCACAGAAGGUGGCUAUGAAACGGAGGAAGAAUAUCUAUCCGAUGAAGAUUUUCUCUUCACUAAAAUCAAUUUAUUUGGUGAAGAUGAUGAUGAUAAUGAGGAAGAUAAGAAGCCUAUUCCAAAGGACAAAAUAAUGAGAAGGAUAGCCUCACAUAAAGAACCGAAGUCAUAUCAAUUAGGACAUCAAUUAUCCACCAAGUGGUCUACAGGGGCCGGGCCGCGGAUUAGCUGCAUGAGGGAUUACCCAUCGGAGCUUCAGUCCCGAGUUUUACAGCAAGCACACUUGUCCCCAAGAAGUGCCAAUGCAUUACCUCGAACACUAUCACGUUUUGUGUUGACGCCAACAUCACUGGGUACAAAAACAAGUUCACUUAGAAGCCCAAUUGCACCUUUCCCUACAGCAAGUGGUAUAAAAGAGAAAAGCAAAAGCGUAGGCAGUUUUGAAACACAACUGUGAAUUCCGCACACCAUUUAGCUCCUGAAUUUAACUUUUAAGAUUCAAUUUGGUACUUAAGUUCGACGUUAAAAUUUAAUUUGGUACCAAAAAAUCUUUGAAUAUCAAAAUGAAUAUUGAAACCAAACUUAGAUAUCAAAUUGAGACAAAAAAAAACUUAAAUACUAAAUUAAAUAUUAAAACCGAAUUAGAAUUAACCCUAAUGCAUAUAUAGUUGCAUAAAACAUAAUUUUGAGCCUUUCUUUUUAUAUGUUGUUUUUCACAUGCACCACUAGUGUGGUGAAAAAUGAAAAGAUAAAUUGAAAGGGGUAUUAGAUUCGGUGUAUACCAUUGAGUUUAGAAAACAUAAUUAAUUAAGUUCCUUUUUGAGCUGUAAUCAACAGAUUUGUAAAUCCUACUUAGAUGAGAUUUGGAUUUGUAAAUCAUGAAUGAGAUUUGAUUACUCUUGGCAAUUUAGAAGGAAA